AUCCUGGCUCAAGGACGUCAGCAGCAGCAGCAGCAGCAGCAGCCUCUACCAUGGCGAGGACGGCCACCCGCCUGCUGGAGUGGCUCUUCUUCUUCUACUUCCUCACCCACAUCCCCAUCACCCUCCUGAUCGACCUGCAGGCUCUGCUGCCUGGCGUCCACCCGCGGAGUUUGACAGAAGUGCUGAAAUGGUACACAGCUGAGUUUAAGGACCCUCUGAUGCUGGACCCCCCAGCCUGGUUUUUUGCCUUCCUGUGCUGCGAGGCGGUCUUCCAGUUGCCUUUCUUCUUUGUGGCCACCUAUGCCUUCUUUAAAGGGAGCUGCAAGUGGAUUCGGACCCCAGCCAUCAUCUAUGCGACCCACGUGGUCACCUCAUUUGUCGUCAUCGUCCCACACAUCUUGUUCUCGGAUUUCUCCAAGUCCAAGCACGCCGGCCCAGAGACGCUGCGCCAUCGCCUGACUCUCUUGUCCAUCUACGCCCCGUAUCUCCUGAUCCCUCUCCUGGUUCUUUUUACAAUGCUGCUCAGUCCCGUAUACAACCAGGUGGAAAAAAGGAAAAAGAACUGAAGCUGCAUGGAUUCCUCUCAGAGAAGUGGCGGGGAGGACCCUGCUUUGGAGAAUGUACAACGUGAACCCAUAAAAGAAUUUUUUAAAUCUG